GCCGGGAGGGCGGUGGGGAUGGGGCGGCGCUGAGGGGUGGGCAGGCGGUGGGCGCGGGCCGGCGGCAGGAUGAGCCAGGAGGAGAUCCUGCGGCGGUUCGUGCAGCGCGUGCGGGCCAUGAAGGACACGGACCACAGUGGAGAGGACAACUUCGCCAGCGACUUCAUGAGGUUAAGAAGAUUAUCAACCAAAUAUAGAACGGAAAAGAUCUAUCCAACGGCCACUGGUGAAAAAGAAGAAAAUGUUAAAAAGAACAGAUAUAAGGACAUACUGCCAUUUGAUCACAGCCGGGUUAAACUGACUUUAAAAACUCCCCCGCAAGAUUCAGACUACAUCAAUGCAAAUUUUAUUAAGGGAGUAUAUGGGCCAAAAGCAUAUGUUGCUACCCAGGGACCAUUAGCAAAUACAGUAGUAGAUUUCUGGAGGAUGAUAUGGGAGUACAAUGUUGCAAUAAUUGUAAUGGCUUGUCGAGAGUUUGAAAUGGGAAGGAAAAAAUGUGAGCGUUACUGGCCUUCACAUGGAGAGGAAGCUGUAACUUUUGGACCAUUUCGUGUAUCGUGUGAAGCUGAACAAGCAAGAACAGACUACUUUAUUAGAACGCUAUUACUUGAAUUUCAAAAUGAAACUCGUAGUGUAUAUCAGUUUCACUAUGUGAACUGGCCUGACCAUGAUGUUCCUUCAUCUUUUGAUUCUAUCCUGGACAUGAUCAGCUUAAUGAGAGAGUACCAGGAGCAUGAAGAUGUACCCAUCUGUAUACACUGCAGUGCUGGGUGUGGACGAACAGGAGCCAUCUGUGCCAUAGAUUAUACGUGGAAUUUGCUAAAAGCUGGGAAAAUACCUGAAGAAUUCAAUGUAUUUAAUUUAAUACAAGAAAUGAGGACGCAAAGGCAUUCUGCAGUACAGACUAAGGAGCAGUAUGAACUUGUUCAUCGAGCUAUAGCACAACUGUUUGAAAAGCAACUGCAAAAAUAUGAAAGUCAUGCAGAUUGGAAGAUCGUUGAUGGAGUGAACAGAUAUGAUAAAGUUAAACUACAGCAGGUGUUUGUAAAUUACCCACUUGGAGAAAGUCAUUCCUGUUUUGAAGGGGCCACCGUCAAGAAUGAUAUUAAUACAGAGAAUACCGUCAGUUCCUCAGACCUUGAGAAACCAGAUUCUCCUCCACCAAAACCUCCACGGACUCGCAGUUGCCUUGUAGAAGGAGAUGCUAAGGAAGAAAUCUUGCAACCGCCAGAGCCUCAGCCCGUACCACCCAUCUUAACACCAUCUCCUCCUUCAGCCUAUCCAACAGUCACUACUGUAUGGCAGGACAAUGAUAGAUACCAUCCAAAGCCAGUUUUGCACGUGGUUUCAUCAGAACAUUCAACAGACCUCAAUGAAAACUAUAACAAAUCAAUUGAACAUUCAGGGAAGAAUGAACCUAAUGAACGUGCAGAGAAAAAGCUUGAGCGGAACCUAAGUUUUGAAAUCAAGAAAGUACCUCUUCAGGAGGGACCACGAAGCUUUGAGGGGAACACUCUCUUAAACAGAGGACAUGCAAUUAAAAUUAAGCCUGUUACAGCCUGUGUAAUGGAUAAGACCUGUAAGCCACAGGUUCAGAGUUCAGGGGGUUCACUUGUUGAUGUUUCUCAAAACUCCUGUCUGGAAUCUAACACAGCCGUAGUACCUUCACCAGAAGAGCUGCAGAGUCGGAAGGGUUCUGACAUUCCACCAAGACCAGAUCGUUUGUGUCUCAAAGAGAAGGGACAUGCUUUGUGGUCACUACAUGGGUCUGAAAAUGCACUAACUGCAUCUGUGUCCGAGGAUCUCUCUUCAAAUGUCUUGUGUCAUGGUAUAAAAACUGCAACUCUAGUAUCAAACACCACAUCUCAAGUGAAACUCCCUUCCAGUGAUACAGCUGAGGAUCAUAGCAGUACAUUUCCAGUUCGAGCACCCCUCUGUUUUACUAAUCCUCUUCAUUCAGAUGAUUCUGACACAGAUGAGAGGAACUUUGAUGGAGUCCUGACCAGCAGUAUGUCUAAUAUUUCAACCGCAAGUGCCACGGUUUCUGCUGCCACUAGUUCUGAAAACAUUUCUGCUAGAAAAGUAUUGCCAAUGUCCAUCGCUAGGCAAGAUGUACCAAUAGUAACACAUUCCGAAGAUGAAAAAGAUGCAGAUGGCAGUGAAGAUUCCACGCCCCCACUACCAGAAAGAACACCAGAGUCAUUUGUCCUAGCAAAUGAACAGAACAUGUCUUUGCCCAUGCCAGUUACACUUGCACAAUCUGCUGAUUGGAAUAUACUGCAUGAUCCACAUCUCUCUGAACAAACAGUAUCUUCAGGCUUGAGAACAACUGGGCAUGCAAAACUUGAUCAUCCAGAAACGGGCAACAAAACGCCAACAGAUAUUAUACCUCAGAUUUCUCUUUCCAGUUCUACUGAUAUGAGAGGUCAAAUUUCAGAAAUUCCUGCAGAGAUGACAGAUAUUGGCUUUGGGAACCGUUGCAGAAAACCCAGAGGACCAAGAGAGCCACCUUCAGAAUGGACAUGAUGCAAGAACUAUAAUCCACAUCCUUUAAAUUAUACUGGAAUAUUAAAGUGCCACUGAGAACUAGAUAAAAUAGUAUUCUACUUCUUAUUCUGGGGGACUAACACAGAGCAGUGUAGAUUUAAAUGCAGAAUGGUACACUUUUUACUGUACAUCCCACGUAAAACCUUAAGCAUUUCGCAAAACAGUGGAUUCCAGUAUUACAACCCAACCUUGCUGGGGUCAUCUACCUGCCUUAUUACACUUAGGAAAAAGUAUUACAUAGGGUUUAUUUUGUAACUUCAAGUAUUAUUGCCUUAAUGUCUCUUAACCCUGUUACACGCUGCUUGUAGACAUAUGUUAAUAUAGUGAUACUCUUGACAAACUGAGUUUAUGGACUACUUUUUGCUAACAUUUAAUUACCAUGUAUGCAUUAUUUUGUAUAUGUAUAGGGCAAGUAGGUAAAUAAUUUGAUAAAGUUGCAAUCAUAAAAUAUUAACAGAAGAUGUAAGAAAUCUCUGCAUGAUCUAAAUUUUUGUGUACCUUAUUUGUAAAUUAUUUACCCUGAAGCUUUAGAAAAUAGCUUCUGAUUUAAAAAAAAAA